AUGCUCGAGCACCGCAGAAAGAAGCUGGAGAUCUUGACGUCAAGGACGAGCCAGCAGAGUCAGCAAGUCACAGCAGAGCGACGGGCGCUGACAGACAGGCCGGGGGAGGCAGGCAGGUACUACCCCGCUUUGAACCUGCAAGAGGAGAGCAUUAAGAGCCGACAUGUCAGCAAGAUGCUGCCAAAGCUACGGCACAAGAUGCAAGAGAAAAACGAGAAACUCAAGUAUGUACAAGCCUUAAAGAAUGACACGCGAGUUGUCGUGAGUUUACAAGAGAGGGUACAACUGAAGAGAAAGAUCAAACUGUGGUUGUCCUUCCUCUUCUUCUACAAGUCUCUGCAAAGGCUCAAAGUCUACUGGAACGACGCCAAGGGUCUCAAUGAGAUGAAAUACGUUCGUUUCCGCGCCGCAACAAGAAUCCAGCGCGCUGUGCUGCAUGUUCAGGCGAAGAAGUCGAUGAUAUCAUGGAUGCACAAGCUUGUUGCUUUCAAUCGCUCCUCUUGGAAGUUUCGUCUUGCUCUCAGAAUCCACAGGAAGAGAAGGGCCACCAGAAUCAUCACGGACUUCCUUCACAAGUGCGCUUCCUUCGAGAAGGCGACGGAAGAAUCCAGAAUCAUCAGGACCAAGGUGCUGCAUUUCUUCAACAAGGUCAAGAGAUGUCAGCAGCUCUUCAGGGACUACUGUGCCGUGCAGAGGGCAAGGUUUGAGGUGAUGGAGAGGCAGUGGAGCAUGUUCGUCGCAAACCCCAGGCUCAACUGGGUGCUACGAGCUCCUCCUCCCGACUCCCCGUUCGACCCGUCGAGAAACUCCUUCAGUGAUCUGCUUCCUUCUCACAUUCUGGAGUCGCUCGACAACUUGAAUCCCUUCCAGCGAACACAGUCUCAACUGCCCAGCAACCUCGUCAACGCUGAGAUCGCUAAGAAGGCGGCCAAGUACCUCAAGGCAGCAAACGGCUUCCUCCUCGACUCCAUGGAGACCGACGGCUUUGUGCAGGAUGUGCUCAAGAUGCUGAGGCUGAAACUCAAGGCAGAGAUGGAAACUAUUGAAAAUCUUCCAAGAGGAGCUACUCGUUUUGACGUUCUCCUGGCUCAUCCCGCAGUCACUCACUUCGUGCAAAACAAGAUCCACUUCCGCCUUCGCAAGAUCCAAUCUCUUCCUGAUAUCGAAGUGGAGGUAGAGUCUUCGCCCCGCCGCAAGUCUUCUGUCUUCCAGGUGGAGAAGGGCGACAAGGGCUACGUGAGCGUGAGCAUGGAGGAAGAGAAGGAAGAGAAGAAGAACAGAUUCUCCUCCCUCAUAGCAGCCAUCACACCAAGAAAGGAGCGAGAGGAGCUGGAGAGCUUCACCAAGGACGCUCUGAUGAAGGUGCAGCGACUGUGCGAGAGGAACUUGUCGCUUCCUCUUGAUCUCUACAUGAUGUAA